AUGGCUUAAAAUUUAGAAAGUGUCUACAAGGACAUCUCAGGUGUCCUAACUAGAGAAAUCAAAGAGAAAGGAUUGUGGUGUGACUUUGUUGCCAAGGCAGACGAGCAAAAGUAGAUUACCUUUACUAAUUUUGAAGAAGUUGUUAAAAAUAUAAUUAUCGAUAUAAACAUAGAAGAAUUAGUGGCAUUGAAGGAAAAACUAUUUAUACAAGAAAUGACUACUUUGUCUGCAUUGGCAAGAUCAUUAAAAAUUAAUAUCAUCGAUUAAAACAAAAAAAAAACUUAGAUUAUCCUCAAUCAAAGCUCAGAUAAUAUGGAGGGUUCAUAAGGAACUUCCGAAAUGUAAAUUCAGAAUAAUCAGAAUAAUCAGAAUAAUCAGAAUUCAAAUAUCUUCCAAUCUCAAUAGCAUUAAUAGGGUAGCUCGUAACACAUCAAUAUGUCGAGUUCUUCGAGUCAACGAUCAAUCAAUGUGCAUCAUACUCUCAAUGCUCAACCUGCUCUCAAAUAAGUAGCCAACGAUAAAAGAUCAUAUCAACGACAGGAUUUUUAAUAGCUUUCAUAAUAAGACAAUUACAUAGAGGAGUAUAAAAAAUAGAUAGCUGAAAAUAAACAAGAAGAUAAUGUUUCUGAGCACCAAAACAAUGAAGAUCAACAACCGGUCUAAUCUUAGCAAUUAAAACCAGUGAGAUUCUAGAAAGAAGUCAAUGAAAAUAAUGAGCCUACCUUAGAUUAAUAGAUUGAGGAUUUAUUUAAUUCAAUUGAUUCUAAUUAAAAUGGGUGGCUGGAUCCAAAGGAAUUGAAUAUUGCCUUGCUAUCACUUGGUAUCAAUCCCACUCCGCAAGAAUUGGAUUAGUAUUUUAAGGUCUUUGAUAAGAAUCAUGAUGAGAAGAUAUCGAAAAUGGAAUUCAAUAUCAUUAUCAAGGAUCAAUUGAUGAAAGCCAUAUUGUCCACAGACGAACUGUUUGCUUAAAUCUAAAGUGAAUAUAAUAUCCUAACAGAUGCCAAUAGAAAUGAAUUGGACAUGGCUCAAUUGCAAUAGGUGUUUAAGAAAUUAGGAAUCCUACUAGACAAUAACGAUCUAAUCGAUCUCUUUGAAGAAAUUGAUGAGGAUGGAAGUGGAUUCAUAGAGCAAGACGAACUCAUCAAUUUCUUGGAUAAACCCUUCUCAGAACAUACUCCUAAGUCUUAGACUCUUCUCACUAAGAUCAACAACUUCAAGAACCUUUCAAUAACAGGAAUAAGAGAGCUGUUCUAGGGGAUACCCAAGAAUUUCACUUAUUCCUUUAUUUUUGCUCAAAAUAAAAAGGGUUUGAACACAAUUUCAAGUUGUUUCUCACCUCAACUGGACAGUAGUGGAUUAUUGUAUCAAGAUUUGAAUUUGAUAUAGGCCUAAAAGUACAAUCUUCAAAGAUCCUUAAUUGAUAUGUAGAUAAUAAAUUUAAAUUAGGACUCAGACACCUCCUUUGGUUUUUUAUGAAGUUAAAUUCCAUUUAGCUGCAGGUUUACCAUCUCCAGAUGAGAAGAAGUGUGAUUUAAAAUAAUUUAGAUUGAGAGAAGUAGCAAUGUGCUUGUUUGAUAAAGUAAAUUCAAAAUUCAUUGGUAAUACAGUCUUUGUACCAUGUUAAGUUGACCCAUCAUCUCCUGAUAAGUAUAAAUUGAUAACAUUGAUAUAGGUGGCUAUUUUUAGUUGAUUAUCCAAUAAUUAUGAGAUGUGUGCCAACGAAGAAGGAUUAAUAAUUGGUGUUGGUGAUUGAAUUUAUUGCUCACAUGGAGAAAUUAGGUACUUUGAAUCCACUUUCAGUUAGUUAUGGAGAGAUUCUGUUAACAAGUAUUAAGAAACCAGGCAAGUAGAUCAUUUAGAUGAAUGGUAAUUAUGAAACAUUAUGUUAAAGGUGGUUCUCCUUUCAAUUAAAUGGUGAUCGACCCUCAAUCAAUCAUAUAACCAAAGGGGUUAUUCAAGAAGCAAUUGAAUCAACCUUAGGUGACAAUUGAGUUCAUGGAAAUCGAAUUGAAGAAACCUCCAAUCAUUCAAUUAUUUAGUGUUUUACCGUAGAGUUAUCUCUUGCCUAAGAGUUGGCUUCAAUUGAUGCAUGACUUUAGAGAGUAUUUCGCCUAUAGAUCGGUGUGCUAGGGGUUUUUUGAUAGCAGUUUACCAGAUUAUAAGAUGAAGAGUCUGUUGGACAUGUUGGAUAUGCCGGAGUGUGGGGAUUAGAUAGCGAAUUGGUGGAAUUCGAACAUCAAGACCACUAAUUUUAAGGAGUUGAUCAAUUUGGUGGAUGUCUUGUGUUAGAGAGCAUAUUUGACAACGCAGAGAGUGGAUUUCUAUUUGAAGGCGUUUCCUCCAGUGCAGAGGAUAAACCACAAAUAUUCAAUUUUGGAGAAGAGACGCAAUUGUUUACAGGAGAUGUUCAGGGAUUUGGCUACUGUUUUGGGGAAGCGAACAGGAGGGUAAUGUGUUUGGUAAUAUGAUUAGACGGAAGAAUGACAAUUACUUUAAUAUGGAACCAUUAAUAUUGUGCACUUUGCAGGAAGAGGACAAAUCAAUGAUGGAGAAGAUUCUCAGUAGAAGAAAAAUUAAAUGA